UAUAUUUUGCAGAAGCUGAUGAGUUGUUCUUUUUUUUUGUUAUAUGCUGUGCUGUUAUCAUUAUCACUCACUCUCAUAGGCAGAAUUGAGAGCAGCUUUAAUUAAUUAGCUAACUACCUAUCAUUGUAUAAGUCUAAAUUAAUUACAGAGCACUUUCUAAUUUUCUUGUUUUGGUUAAAUUUUCUUUCUUUCUUUCUUCUUUUGAAGUGUUUGUUUUCCAAGUUCCAUGGACCAAACUACCCUAAAAUUGUCUAUGGUACUUCUUCAAACAAACUUUACACACUUUCUUCUUUUUUCCAUAAUAAUAAAUCCAUCCAUUGACUUGUAUAUUUCUUCCUCACCACAUAUUUUAUUUUCAAAAUAUCACCCUUUCCAUUCCAUGUCCCAAACUCCAGUUCAUAUCAUUGCCCCACCCUGUAUACUGAAAGUGAAACUUUUAAUGUUUGUUCUGUCUAGUCUAGCCAGCUUAAUCUAGACUGCAUUUCACUCCCUGCCACCAGACAUUUCCCUACACAUUGAUAUGGAACCUACUGGCAGGUCAUCCUCAUCCAAUAAGCAAUCACCACCUGUAAUAACUCCAUUGCCCAGAGAUCCUCGUGGAUCACUAGAAGUAUUUAAUCCUUCAUCUACUUCCUCGACCCGAUCCACUAACCUAGCUUAUCGCCCCAAUACCAACUGGAAAACUUGGGUCGAGAAACCACAUGAUGGUCCAAACACCCAGUCGCCCCCCAAGUCGGGUCGGGCAGAAGAAGCUACCACAUGGAUGGCUAUCAAGGACCCUGCACCAUCACCAACACUCCCACUACUGUCAUCACCUUCACAUUCUCAGCUUAUUGGCAAUGAUCAAGACAAGAAUCCUGCCACAGAAUUAUCAGGAGAAGCUGAAAUGGCAGCGAGAAGGGCGGCCGAGUGGGGCCUAGUGCUAAAACCCGAGACCCAAGAGGGUAAACCGCAAGUAGGUGUUCGGUCGUCGGGUGGGGAUGAACCAAAUAGUAAUAAACCGGGUACUUCUAGAAGAAAUUCAAAUAAUUCAGUUCAGAGCUCCGGGGGAGACUUAUCCGAAGAUGAUGGAGGGAAAGAGAAUAAAGGAAUUCCUAGAGUUUCAGAAGACAUUAAAAAUGCACUAUCCACUUUCCAACAGACAUUUGUGGUAUCUGAUGCUACAAAACCUGACUACCCAAUAAUGUAUGCAAGUGCUGGAUUCUUUAAAAUGACAGGAUAUACCUCUAAAGAGGUCAUAGGCAGGAACUGUCGGUUUUUACAGGGUGCUGACACGGACCCAGAAGAUGUGGCUAAAAUUAGGGAGGCUUUACAGUCAGAGAAUAGUUACUGUGGAAGAUUGCUCAAUUAUAAGAAAGAUGGGACCCCUUUUUGGAACCUUCUUACUAUUUCUCCUAUUAAAGAUGAAUCUGGGAAAGUCCUCAAAUAUAUUGGGAUGCAGGUGGAGGUUAGCAAGUUUACAGAGGGGUCCAAAGAUAAGAUGUUACGUCCUAAUGGAUUGCCUGAAUCCUUGAUCCGAUACGAUGCACGGCAAAAAGAAAUGGCUACAAGCUCAGUAACUGAACUAGUUCAAGCAGUAAAGAGGCCUCGUUCGCUCAGUGAAGCGACCAGUCGUCCCUUAAUGCGAAAGUCGGAAAGUGGUGGAGAAGACGAAAGAAAAGGAGCGCUGGGAAGGCGAAAUUCGGAGAAUGUACCUUCAAACAGAAGGAAUUCACUUGGGGGUGCUCGAAACUCAAUGCAGAGCAUCAAUGAGUUGCCAGAAAAGAAACCAAGAAAAUCUAUCCGCCUUUCUUUCAUGGGGCUUAUGAAGAAAAGUAGUACUCAAUCCAAUGCUGAUAGCUUUGACGAUGCGCUGAUUCUUAAUGGUGAUGAUGAUGAUGUUGAUGAUGAUGAGGAGAGUGAAAUUGAUGAAAGGCCAAAUAGCGUUGAUGACAAAGUUAGGAAGAAGGAAAUGAGAAAAGGUAUUGACCUUGCAACAACACUUGAACGUAUAGAGAAAAACUUUGUCAUUACUGAUCCAAGGCUGCCAGAUAAUCCCAUUAUAUUUGCCUCGGAUAGCUUCUUGGAGCUGACAGAGUACAGCCGUGAAGAGAUCUUGGGCAGAAAUUGCAGAUUCUUGCAAGGUCCUGAAACUGAUCCUGCUACUGUGAGGAAAAUAAGAGAGGCAAUUGAUAACCAGACAGAUGUUACUGUGCAGCUCAUCAACUACACUAAGAGUGGCAAGAAGUUCUGGAACUUGUUCCAUCUGCAGCCUAUGCGUGAUCAGAAGGGAGAAGUGCAGUAUUUCAUUGGAGUCCAACUGGAUGGAAGUGAACAUGUUGAGCCACGCUCCAAUUGUAUUCCAGAAGAAACUGCACAAGAGAGUGAAAAACUGGUAAAACAAACUGCAGAAAAUGUUGAUGAAGCAGUGAGAGAACUUCCAGACGCUAAUUCGAAACCAGAAGAUUUGUGGGCAAAUCACUCAAAGGCGGUUCAUGCAAAGCCUCACAGGAAGGACACUCCAUCUUGGAAAGCAAUUCAAAAGAUCUUAGAUGAUGGAGAACCAAUAGGCCUGAAACAUUUUAGGCCAGUAAAGCCCUUGGGAUCUGGUGACACUGGCAGUGUACAUUUGGUAGAACUGAGUGGAACGGAUCACCAUUUUGCCAUGAAGGCUAUGGAUAAGAAUGUUAUGCUCAACCGUAAUAAGGUACAUAGAGCGUGUGCUGAGAGAGAAAUUCUUGACAUGUUAGACCACCCUUUCCUUCCUGCAUUAUAUGCUUCAUUUCAGACCAAAACACAUAUCUGUCUGAUAACUGAUUACUGCUCUGGUGGAGAGCUCUUCAUGCUUUUGGACAGACAACCAACAAAAGUCCUGAAGGAAGAUGCUGCAAGAUUUUAUGCUGCAGAAGUUGUUAUUGCACUGGAGUACCUUCACUGUCAAGGGAUAAUUUACAGGGAUUUGAAGCCUGAAAACGUUCUACUCCAGAGCAGUGGACAUGUCUCGUUGACAGAUUUUGAUCUAUCAUGUUUAACAUCAUGCAAACCGCAGCUUUUGAUUCCAACAGUAGAUGAAAAGAAAAAGCACCGUAAACAUCAUCAGCAAGAUCCCAUUUUUAUGGCUGAACCCAUGAGAGCUUCAAAUUCUUUUGUUGGCACUGAAGAGUAUAUAGCGCCGGAAAUUAUAACUGGGGCAGGACAUACCAGUGCAGUGGACUGGUGGGCUCUUGGGAUCCUUCUAUAUGAAAUGCUUUAUGGAUAUACUCCAUUUAGAGGAAAGACGAGGCAAAAGACAUUUGCCAAUGUUCUUCAUAAAGAUCUUAAAUUUCCAAGAAGCAGACAGCAGGUAAGUCUCCAUGCAAAGCAGUUAAUGUACAGAUUGUUGCAUAGGGAUCCCAAAAACAGAUUGGGUUCUCAUGAAGGAGCAAAUGAGAUUAAGAGGCACCCGUUCUUCAAGGGUGUCAAUUGGGCAUUAGUCCGCUGCAUGAAUCCUCCUGAGCUUGACACCCCUAUUUUCGAGAAUGAAGCAGAAAAGGAAGCUAAACUUAUUGAUCCUGAACUCUUGGAUCUACAAAACAAUGUUUUCUAAACAGGUUAGCAUUGUUUUGUUUAUUCUUAAGGACUUCAAAGCUUUUCUAUUUAAAUAAUAGUCUCAAAUUGUAUCUUAAUAUAUAAUAUAAUAUGUAUAUUUUUUCUUUUCUUAAGAUGUUACAUUGAAAUGUUUUGACAUUGGCAAGAAGGCGAUGAUAGGCUGGGAUCAUCUCAUUUUAAUUAUCUGGCUUUGGUUGAUUUUACUUGUGUGCUUUGCCAUUAGAAUGGAAGAAACUUAGGGUUUUGGGGUCCUAUGUAUUGAUAUGUUUGCUUGUUGUAAUGAGUCUGCAAUCUAUGUUCAUUAGUUUUGAUAUUAAAUUAAUUUGUUUCUUCUGAAUUUAAA